AUGAGCCGCAGAGACGUGGACGAAGCGGCAGUCCUGAAACUCUACGGCAUAUCCAAUAUCAACCCUCAAGUGUGGGAAGAUGUCGACCACGAAAACGAAGGACCCCUAGCUGGUACAUUGGCCAAUGAAGAUGGUGGGAUGAUAGAUGAGAUGGAUCCAUUAGGAAUGAAGGGAAGAUUGUCCAGAUCUAGCAGUAUGGAUAUCAAAACCCGCACUGCUACUUCUCUCUCUUCCAAAGCUUUCGAUCCCAAGGUAUUCUUAUCAGCUCAUCAUCCCGAUGCGUCAUACAACGACCUCCGGAGGGGUAUCUCACAUCUCGAACGUGCAAUCGAAGAUAGGUCAGAGGCAGUACGGAUAUUGGUAGAAGAGAACUUUGAUCGUUUCGUAGCUGUCAAAGCGUCGAGUGAUAUCGUAUACAAAGAUAUGAAAGAAAGUUUCAUGGCGGAUGAUACUGAUCAUGGUACUCGGGAAUUGAGAGAGAUAUUUAAAGUCACUGCUCAUAGAGCUGAUCAGGUGUUUCUCCCCGUACUUGAGAAUGCGGUCAAGGCGCAAAAACUUCGAACAACUUUGGGUGUGUUUGAAAAAUCAAAGUUUCUCUUCAAUCUACCCGGUCUACUGAUGGAUCUCAUCAACGUUGGAAAAUACGAACAGGCUUUACGGGAUUAUAAGCGAGGAAUGUAUUUGAAUUCUUCCAGAACAGGUCAACUCAUACCCGGUCUUCCUGCCAAUACCCCAGAGCAGAAAGCACAACAUCGAAGGAUCUUUGAUAAAGUAUGGACAUCGGUGGAGAAGAUCAUGUCGGACUUGCGGGUCAAAUUGGAUGCUGGUCUCAAGGACAGCUCAAGAUCUGCCGAGGAGCAGGAGAGAACUAUAGAGAUUUUGAUUGAUCUAGAGGGGUGUGAUGAUCCCGCUUGGGCUUAUCUGGAAUAUCAACAUUCACACAUUUUCGAUACUAUGAAAGCUAUACAUAAACGUUGUCUAGAGUCGGUGAAAUCCGCAAAUCAAGCGUGUUCGGAUUUGCCAUCAACAUCCACUUCGCAGGUUGACAAUCUGAGAAGACAAUUGGCAUUAUCACAAUACUUUGUGAACACCAUCAACCGUCAGCCGACCUUUUCGUCUCGUGACUCAUCAGGCAGUUUAGCACCCUCCCGACGCCCUGCGUCCACAUGUCGUUCCAUGGCUUCAGAGAUAAUAAAACUUUACACCUCGCUUCUCUCACAAUUCUUCACUCUAUCCGAUGUGGCAGUAGCGGAAUCCAAUCGGAAGAAAAGUGAUAUUAAUCCUCCAAUACCUUCAUUCGUUCCUCUGUCCACGUCAGUGAUAACAGCAUGUUUCUUCGGUGAGAAAUUAGUGGAAGAGGUUGCCGAAUGUACCGGAGAAUUAGCCGCUGUGGACGUAGGGAGUGAAUCUUCUAAUGCUUUGAGGGGUAUGUUGGACUCUUUGAGAUGGAGAAUGUUAGAAGUCAUAUCUUCUACUUGGACCCGUGAUUCUAAAGUCCUUCAUGAAUUAGAAGAUUGGACACAUUAUUCCUCAAGCAAAGCAUCUACAAAGUAUUUGAAUCUUAUGGAAGAAUUUCAACUCCGAAUAAUGAGAUCUUUAAAACAAAUUUCUUCCAGACCAAAUGAGAAAGAAGUUGUUCCAGGGAAUUAUAAACGUAAACUGAAAGAAUUAUUCGUCAACACCACCAAUGGGUUAUUGAGCAAUAUGAUACAAGCUACUCAGAUUAUCCCUGAAGAACCUCAAAAACGUCGACCUUCUCGUAUUUCCCACACGAAACUUUUGACUUUGAAAGAUGUGGAUUUGAGGUUGUUAGUGACUUUGAGCAAGAUAUAUACAAUACGACAGGAUAUAUUACCUGACUUAUGUCAGAAAAUCAGUAAGAUGAUAGAGGUGGAUAUGUCUCAAGAACAGAGGGAUAUAGAAGGGUUAGUGGUGAAUAUGGAUAAAAAGGUGUUCAAGGAUUAUGUGGAAAGACGAUCAAUUGGGUUGGUGGAGGUUAUUAAAGAUGGUAUACUUAAUGGAGAAAUAGAUUGGUUGAAUGCUCCCAAACCUUCUGAAAUCCGACCAUAUAUGCAUAAAGCUAUCCUCAUGUUGGUCGACACUCAUUCCAAAGUUGGUGAUCUUGCUCCUGCGCUAUUACCUAGAGUUUUAGAAGCUUUGGUGGAAGUCAUAGCUACUGUAGCUUUGGAUAGUUUUCAAAAAGUAUCAAAAUUCGGAACGGGUGGUAUGCUCACGGCAACUCUAGAAUUCGAAUAUUUUCAUCAAUCCAUCGGAACAUAUGUCACUCCUGCAGCAAACGAAUCACUCAAUAAAGUAUACGAAGUCAUUUCUCAAUCUUAUCGAAGACAAAAGAGUCAAGAUGAAUUUCAACAUGAACUUGAUAGUCUUCGAAAGGUAUUGCACGAUGCACAUAAAGCUACGGGAGCUGGAACUCUUUGUUUCAAGCCGAAAAAGGCUCGUGGGCAGAAUGACCGGGGUGAAAAGUCAAGAGAAGGUAAAAGAUAA